AUGGCAAAACUCAACAACUUGAUGCUUGUGUCCUUCGUUGUUAUGGGUUUGGUGUGUGCAUCGAUUCCUGUGUUUGCCGUCGAAGAAGGCGAGGCGAAACAGUUUUGGGAUCAAUGUCUAAUCAAGAUCAGUCCGAAAUGCACUUUGGAUAUCGUCGAGGGUAUUUUCGGAAACGGGACGGUGUCCGAUUCUUGUUGUCCCGAACUCAUCCAAGAGGGGAAGUUGUGUUACGACACUCUUACGAACUACAUUGCGGAUAGACCGAUUUACGUUUCCCGUCGAACAGAGCUUUUGAAGAAGAGAGAUGAUUUAUGGACUCAUUGUGACUCCGUCUCUAAGACCGCUUAA